AUAACAGCAGCUGUUUCCUGCUUGAAUUUGUCCAGUGUAAGACUGCUGCAAAUAUUUAUCAGUCUUUUUUCAGUUUGCUCCCAUGACCCUUGAAUCUCUGGAGCAUGAAGGUCAAAGUGAUUUCAAUUUUGGAAGAUAAUUACAUGUACCUGAUUAUUGAAGAAAGCACUCGGCACGCCAUUGCAGUGGAUGCUGCUGUUUCCAAGCGGCUCCUAGAGAUCAUCCGAAGAGAAGGCAUAACUCUGAAAGCUGUUCUGACCACCCAUCAUCACUGGGAUCAUGCAAGAGACAAUGAAGAACUGGCCAAGCUUUAUCCUGGCCUGGAGGUAUAUGGGGGAGACGAACGGGUAGGAGCUCUGACGCACCGAGUGACUCAUGAGGAGGAAUUAAAGUUUGGCAGCAUCAAUGUACGGUGCCUUCUCACUCCAGGCCACACUACAGGACAUGUCUGCUACUUCAUGUGGGAAAAUGAUUCUCUGAACGCUCCUGCAGCUUUCACAGGUGACACCUUACUUGUCGGUGGUUGUGGGAGACUCCUCGAAUGCACGGCCAAACAGCUGCACAAGAGCCUGACAGAGAUCCUUGGCGGGCUGCCAAAGGAGACAAAAAUCUUCUGUGGUCAUGAGUACACCACCCGGAAUUUGAAAUUUGCCUUAAAGGUGGAACCAGAGAACGAAUUUGUCAAAGAGAAGCUCAUUUGGGCUAAACUCCGAGAGGAUGAAGACCUUCCAACGGUGCCUUCUACACUGGCAGAGGAGUUCCUCUACAACCCUUUCCUUCGAAUCUUGGAAGAACCUGUCCAGAAAUUCACAGGCAAGUCUGCUCCCGUUGAGGCCUUUGCUGCUCUCUGCACAGCCAGAGAGAGCUUCCGGAAACCCAAAGAGCAGCUGAAUCCUCGGGCCGUGCUGGCAUUCGAGUGGGGGCUUUUUGAUCCACUCCUGCAAAAGUGAACCCCCUCCUCCCGCCAUGAUGGGGUGCACAGGUGCUGUUAUUGAAGGGCUCACUCCCCCCUCCCCUGUGUUGCUAGAAAAAGUUGAACACAGGUUGCAGGGGUCAUCUAAAAGCAGGGGGGUCUCCC